AUGUCAAAAAAACGUUCAGCAAGUCGGAAUGCAGACGGUUUCAGCAAAAUUCGUAUUUUGGAGGCCGUCUGCUCCUCUAUGGAUAAUCUCUCGCUGGCAGAAAAAGACGAACUCUACGAAGAUGUUGAAAUGACUGUCUACAAGCGGCUAUCCUACUAUAAAGAUAAGUAUACGAUAGUUGUCGAAGACAUUGAAGCAGAACUAGAAGAAGAAGAAGAGGAAGAAGAGCGGAAUAAGUCAUCCGAAAUUUCCCAGAAUCGAGUAAAACUGACAGUCAUAUCCCCAUUGUUUAACAAGAUGAAGCGUAAUAUGCUUCGUAUGCUCUGUAAUCCGCGGACAAUUGAGAUGCAAACUGGUUACCCACUGACUCGGGAAAAAUCCGAAGAAAGUUCAUCUAUUCGUGAAAACAACUUAACAUCUUGUAAAACCACUACACAUGCACAUUAG